AUGUUGAACAAUAAAGAUAUCGGAACACAUUGUGGACCGAAUAUUCAAGAGGAGGCUUCGAAAGAAACUGAGGUAAGCUUUUCCGACAACAACUCGGAAACACAGAAGGAAGGGCUAUCAACAUGAAGAUAAAUGAAUCGUACACGGAUCUCAGUUUCGCUAGCCCAAUAGCUAGUUCAUCUGGAACCAGCGAAACAAGUAAACUGGAGAAGAACGCUCAGUCACUCAAUAGAUGUCCGACAACAACGAGCACAAGAUUCAGUCGCAAGCAAAAUGUAGUUAUAAAAAGAGUACCCGAAUCAACGGCAGCAAUUCCAAAGGAGAGAGUUAAGCAUGACUUAGACCUUCUUCAAGUGUAUGCGAAAGCUUUGUUAAGAUACUGUGAGUCACUUAAUGUUCUCAAAGCAUUCCGAAUAGGGAAGACUCAAUCAGCAUCCGGUUCCGAUUCCCGGCCUCGACCCCUAAAAGUCAUUUUGGAGACUGAAGCACAGACCCAGCUCCUGUUACAGAGAAAAUCAUCUCUGCGGGGUCAGCAUCCUGAGGUUUUUUUUCGGCCGGAUUACGAGCCAAAAGAGCGAAUGAAAAUGAGAGAGCUGAUGACGGAGCCGGAAAAGCGGAGAAGCAGUGGCGAAACACACCUGCAAAUCAAGAACGGACAAAUAAUUCAGGUCAAAAGGACAUUUCUCUGGCCGAAGGCAGUCAUUCUGACAGCCUAACCGAUGCAAAGGUGCCAACUCCUGAGGCUGCUCACACCAGUGGCCGUUGUCUAGAAAUCUAUUACACAAACUGUCAGUCUCCUCAACAAGCUAGAUGAACUCAGAUUACUAGUCUCUGAACAGAAGCCUCACAUAAUUGUCCUAACAGAGACAUGGUUGACUGAGGAAAUGAGUAGUAGCGAAGUCAGUAGUAAAGGCUACCAACUGUUCCGUUGUGACAGAUUUCAGCCUAGAGGAGGAGGCACAGCGAUUUAUAUGUCAAAUGAAAUUCCGUGCUGUCAGCGAGAAAUAUCCGAUGGGGUGCCGCAAAAUUUUGAAAUAACUUCAUGCUAGAUAUGUAUCAAACAAUUACCGACACUGAAGCUGUGUGCUGUCUAUCGGCCUCCCAGCUCGAAUGAAAUCGCCGAUAUGGAAUUACUUAGUGCACUGGAGUCGUUAUGUAAACAGGAGAACUUACUACUUCUGGGUGACUUUAAGGCUCCAGGAAUAGACUGGAACAUUCCCCUAACAAACGCCCCGUCCACGUCAUUUGACCACAAGCUACUACAACUCUCCCUGAAUGAAUACCUCAUUCAACACAUAAAAUUCGGAACAAGACUGAGAGAAGGACAACGAUCUAACUGUUUAGAUCUCGUUUUCAGUAAAGAAGAAGGAGUCAUAAGGGAAGUGAAUCCACAACCUCCACUCGGGUUAAGCGAUCAUAUUGCUUUUACCUGCGUGUGCUCUCUCCUAUCGAACCAACAACCAAAAAUCAAGAGGCGCAGAAAUAUUUGGAAGGGUGACUUUAAAGCAAUGAGGUGUACUCUUUUGGAGGAAGCCUGGUUGGUCCACACAGAAGAUUCAGAAGAAUUCUGGCAGUACUUUCGCGGGACUAUAGAGCGUCUAAUUGAUUCCCAUUGUCCAAUAAAAAUGACAAGAUCAUGUGCGCGACCGCCGUGGGUCCAUCCGACGACAAAAAAGACCAUGAAGAAUAAACAGAGAUUGAGGAAAAAUUAUCUGCAACUUCGAGAUCCAAGGUCAUUCGCCGAAUAUAAGGAUCAGCGCAAUAAAUGCCGCAAACAAAUACGGGUUGCUAGAACUUCUUUCGAGCGCCGACUGAUAGUGGAAUCCAUUACAUGUCCCAAGAAGUUUUACGGGUACAUCCGUAGUAGAAGGAAACAUAGGGACGAAAUCGCGUGUCUAAAGGAUAGCCUCGGAAACUUAUCAGUUGAAGGGCCACAGAAAGUGUGAUUACUGUCUCAGUUUUUUCAAUCGGUUUUUACGUAGGAGUCCUCAGAAGACAAUCAGCAGUUUGAAAUGGACCGAUAGAGCGGGAGCUUCAAAUGCGCCAAGAUACUGCCGUCAUUGAAACCGUCGCUUUUUCCGUCGAAGAAGUAAGACGCGUCCUCAGUCAAAUAAAACCUGAAUAUCUCCCGGAUCCGACGGAAUUCCCGGACCAAUACUUAAGGAGCUAUCAACGGAGCUGUCAAAGCCUCUUUCGACUCUCUUUGAGCUGUCAAUAAAAACAGGAAGGCUGCCAUCGUAGUGGAAGACAGCUAACCUCGUUCCCUUGCAUAAGGGAGGUAGCAGGAUGACAGUAAGCAGCUUUAGGCCUAUUAGUUUAACUUGCCUCCCAUGCAAAGCGAUGGAAGCUCUAGUAAAGAGCGCUAUGCAGCAGUUUUGUGAAGAAAAUAACAUCUUGCAGGAUUUUCAGCAUAGCUUCCGGAGAAGACGUUCCUGCCUCUCAAAUCUGCUAGCUUGUCUGGAGAUCUGGACCAGGGCUCUAGGAGAGGGUUUUGAGGUCGAUGUGGUGUAUAUCGAUUUCCGCAAAGCUUUUGAUGCUGUUCCGCGCCAACGCCUUCAUCACAAAUUUAGCACCAUCGGCAUCCGGGGAGAUCUUCUGAACUGGAUUAGGGCGUUUCUAGUUGGUCGGAAACAACGUGUCUGUAUCGGAGAUGAUAUGUCAGAAUGAGUGAACGUGACCAGUGGUGUGCCCCAAGGCUCAGUUCUGGGACCAUUGCUCUUCAUCCUUUAUGUUAACGACAGCCUUCAGGAACUCGAAUGCGGCAAAAUAAUGUUUGCAGACGACGUUAAGCUCUGGCAAGUCAUUAAGGGUCCGAAUGAUCAGAGAUCCCUUCAAGAUAAUCUGCACCGACUGCAAGCGUGGUCGAAGAAAUGGCUUCUAGAUUUCAAUGUGGAGAAGUGUGCCGUCCUUCAUCUGCGUCCAACCAACUCUCAUUAAAAUGAGAGCCUGAGGACAUAUCACCUGAAAGAUAUAAGGCUCCCUGCAGAAUCUUCAGAGAAGGAUCUCGGGGUUUGGAUACAGAACAACCUGAAACCAACACUGCAGUGCCACAAGGCUGCAAAAAACGCCAUGGGAGUGCUGCAUGCAAUAAAAAGGGCUUUCAUAAACUUUGACCAAGACCUUUUUGAGUGACUUUACGGCACUUUUGUUCGGCCCCACUUAGAAUAUGGCAUACAAGCAUGACGGCCAUGGCUAGUAAAGGACCAAGCAUGCCUCGAACGGGUACAACGGCGUGCAACAAAGCUGGUAAACGAUCUAAAAAGCCAAUCCUACACGGACAGACUGAAUUGCCUUCAUUUGUUCCCUCUGUGUUACAGGCAGCAAAGAGGUGAUCUUAUCCUCGUCUACAAGAUAAUACAUGGCCUUGAGCUUGGACUUAAAUUUGAGGACAUGUUUCAGUGGCACCUUUCACCCAAUCUUCGUGGUCACUCGAUGAAGUUACGGACAACAAUGUCCAGGCUGAAUCUUCGUUCUGAAUUUUUCACGCAGAGGGUAGUGGAGAAAUGGAACGAUCUCCCUCAGUCAGUCGUGGAGGCUACGUCUCUGAAACUCUUCAAGAAACGCUUGGAUGAGUAUUUGUGUCCCCUGUUUUCCCUCGACAGUCUGAAUCUGAACUAAUACCCCGCAACCCCGCAAAUAUUUUCUCUGAGACAGUGGUAAUCAAAUGAAUCAAGUACUGUUUUAAUAGCGAAUAUUUUUAUUGUCCGUGCACAGUUAUUUCUAACGAGCUGACAUGUAAUCAAUAGGGUUUUCAAAGGCUAUGCCCAUUAUCCUUACCAAAUAAACUGAAAUAAACUGAAUUGCAAUGGUUACUAUGAGACACGAUUGAUAAAAUUAUUUAGCUACACAUGUUCCGUUCGGAAAGCCAGAAUCGGUUCAACGAAAUUUCCGAUAAUUGAGGGCAUAAGACCUAGACAAAGAGGGAAUUUAUUUUCGGACUUAAGGGGUCCGUGGGAAUGCGUUUAAGUUAUCAUAUAUUUGUUAACCAUGCAUACACCGGUGUCUGCGAAUUGAAAGAUGUAAAUUACAGCGAUGUGCAAAGCAAGAACACCCUAUCUAGGCUCGUCAGCAUGGCUCUUAUGUGACUGUAAAGUGUAUAGGUAAACUGCGUUUUUGCUGAUUCGUGAGCGCCUCGAGCAGCUGCUUAAAUGUAUUCUAAGGACUAUCGCCUUCAAAAGUACUGACAGACUUCUUUUAUUUACUGUUUCGCUCCUUUUUGCCACCAACUAUUAUUGCAUUCCUCAGCAACCUCACGAGUGUAGUCAAGCAUUUCGAAAACAUCCCUGUUCCUGCAUCACAAAAUGUCCCUCCCCAGACCACUGAUACUCCGUUGACCAGAGAAUAACCUUCCGGAUCCUCUCACAAAAACGUACAAAUCGGACUUUUUGGUAUUUAUAGGCAGUCUUCAGCAAGAGGGUUAAACUUAACUCGUUCAGACAGAUUACGCUUUCAGUUUUGCUUCAUGGUGGUAAUUCUACAUCGCUCGUAUUUCUACGUUCAUCUAUUCGUUGCUUUCCAACUACAUUCUGGUUCAUCACAUUUCUCUCGUUGGAAAUUUUCCCUAAUGAGGGUGGAUUAUGCAAUCUGUGAACUCCACCCACCUGUCUCGCCUCUCAAUUCUUGCAAGUUGAACUCCAACAUUUGACCUUUCCUUUAUUUGCAUCCAUCCUCUGAAAAGACCUCAAUUCGACAGUUUUUUUCCAUUCGCGAUAAGUUGUGGCUGAAGAGAUUUCAAGAGAUUUGCUGACUGUAUUAAAUUCAGCCCGUACUGGACUAACCACCGCAUAUGAUUACCUUGGUGGCUACGCUCUGUUUCUGCUAAUUUCUUUAGUCCUUUCACAUUUAGCAACCAGCCCUGGCCCUCCUACCAUUCUUAAUGAAGCCGAUCGCAAACGACAGACAAAGAGCCCGUAGCCCAGUGGUUAGUUUGUUGGACUUCAAACUAACGUGUCGUGGGUUCGAGCUUCAGGGCUGUGAAAAUCUGGCCCCAGGCAUGGCUGACCGAUGAGUGCUAAUAAGCCAGAAAGGGUCAUUUCAGUAUCCUCUGACUUUGCCGGUAAAGUUAGUUAGCGGUAUCAGCUUUCAAGAAUAUUUGGAGCAUUCUUAAAAUGGUAUCCUUCAAGGAAAACUAAAUAAUUCGCUUUAACGGUCUUCCGGGGACAUCCGCCCUUCCAAAGACGCCGUAAGAUUUGAAUUUCGAGGGUUCUCUAAUAAACGAAAGCAGAUAUUACUCGAUAGGCAAUAAACGAAUUAAGAAAACUUCAGCGCCAUCCUUACAUUCACUGCUCCAUCAACGCUACGAGAAGGCGUAAAACUUGUGGAUACCAGCAUUUCUCUCGAUAUCAUAAUUUCUGGUAAGUUGAACUGAAUACAAACCGCCCGCCCUCCUCGUCUGGGCUUAACGCAAAUCUGGUCGCCGAUAGACGGUAGGCCCGAAGUGGUCAGUCCGGUCUUACUCCGUCGGGAAUCCCCCCGUGACAGAACGUAAGCAUCAAAAUCAAUUGCAUGUUUGACUGAACACGAACUGUCUGUUUUUCCCUUUCGAGCAUGGCGUAAGUCUGGCCACCGAUAGGCAGUAAGUCUAGAAUGAUCGGCCUAUUCUCCAUGGUAUUGCUUCAUAGAGGUUUCCGAAUACGGACUAAGCGAGUGUUUCAAAACCUCAAUCAUGCAUUUUGCCGUGUCAGUCAAUAUGUUUCGGCCAUUGUAACACAAACUGUAAAAGCGUUGAUUUACAAUACCAGGAAACGCAGUCAAAUAAUUAAACAAAAAUAUAACCAGAUACUGGGAACCCGCGAUACCAAAAGUUUUCGGAAGUUCUUUGAGAAAAAAUAAGCAUUUUAUUCGCUUACAUGUUCAAGCGAGUAUCAAUUAAUAAAUUUUUUAUAAUUCGCGGUCAAGGUUUUACGCUUUAAAAAUAAGCCUCUACUUCCAAUGCGCUUUAUAUCACAAACAGGCAAGGUCUGCUUUGAACACAGCCAUGACAAUUAGGCUACCUUCGAACUUCUCAUUUUGGCGAUUUUGUUCGCGUGCAUGGCUUAAACUUUCGAUGUAAUCCGACUCUCAGACCCACAAUACUACAAUGGAUAGCAACAUAUCCUUAGAAAAUAGUCCAUGUGAGAGACAGGAAAUCUGUAUUUGUUUGUACUCAGACACUACUGUCUAUUUCCGGAUUGGGGACUCGCUGUCUCUGCUUCUCCUGUGCAUGCAGGUCGCGCAGCCCGUGGAAUGCGCUGUGAUGGGCGUCUGGGCAAAAAUACCCCUCUCACAUAAGGCAAGUGAUGUGCGACCAGCAAUGAAACAACCAUAACACUAAGUACUGUACAUUUUCCAAAGAGGUGUUUAAUGCCAUAUUAUUUUUCAGACGUGGAAUGUCCUCUUCCAUCCGCAGAGUCCAAGAGUAGCUGGAUGAUUUUAUUCUCAUGCCUAACGCAUUGGCUUUACGCGUUGCGACAGCGAUUAGAAUGCGCCUAGGUUUAGAUAACUUUACUCGGAUGAGUUGAAGUUUUGGGAAUUUUCUUAAUUCGAGACACCAUAUAUAUACAUAUGAAUUUGAACGCAGUCAUCCUAAGAAAUAUAAUUUAAAAGUAACAACGUUCUUCGGGAAAAGAAGAAAACUUUAUAAAGUAAAUUUUCGACGCUGGUUCCCCAGGUCGUCUUCAGACUUGAGCAAAUGUGCAAAAAACAAUUAUCAUUCCAAACGUGCUUAAGAAUCGAUAUUCAUUUGGCGUUUGCGCCAGUAAGAGGCCGCCGUGUGCGUCAUUCGGCAUUGAUUGGGUCUCUUCUCUUCCACUUUUCCCUGAGAUUUUUGUACGUGGAAUCUAACUGAGCAUGUCGAUUGAUUCAUGUUUCUUCGGAGUGCGCGGCUUUGAGAAACUCUUGGUCGUUUUGAGAGGGACAAACUCCGACGAUGCGAGUUUUGACCCAUGCGAAGGUGUAUCCAGUGUCUAGAGGGUGCAUGGCCAGUUGGGACGGGUGGUCACGCAUUUUAACUGCCAGUUGAUGUUCAUGGAUGCGUGUAGAGACAGACUUUCCCGUCUGGCUACAAUAUACAGCACCACAGGCACCGCAUGGGAUCUUAUGGACGACUACUUUCUUAUCAAGAUAGCCAACUCUGUCCUUAGGGUGUACAAGCUGAGUACGUCAAGUAGUCGCCGGAAGAUGGGCGCUCGCAGAUCAGGUCACGGAGCGGGCUCAUACUAGAACCUUCACAGUCGGUCGCACAGUGACUAUUAUUAGACGUAAAUAAGAUUCGCGAUCACAACCACGAGAGCAAAACAACGGGCCUGUAGCUCAAUGGUAGGUUGUUAAACGACAUGGCUAAAGAUCCUGGGUUCGAAUCUAAAGUGAUCCACACUUGGGUUUCGGCAUGACCGGCUGAUGACGGCUCAGAAGACAGAAAUGGCUAUUCCGGUCUACGUUGUCUUUCUCAUUGCCAUCUCAUAUAUGUACAUGAGACUGGCAUUUUGCACUUUUUAAAAAAAACAGCAACACGAUAUGGCAAAAUUGGCAAUUGUAAAAGUGGCCGAACGUCUUUCCUGGAGUAAAAAGCUGUUAGAAUGGUGGCACAUGGCCUUAUCUACUAAGGAUGAAUUUGGAUGGACAGGUACGCUUGCGUCCUGACAGUGAAUGAAGUUACUUUAUUGGCGUCAUAGCCUAUAACUAAACGAUAGUAUACUUUUAAGUAUAUGGAGCUAUGCAAGGUACACGUUGCUGAACGAGACUAAAGAUCAAGGACUAUUAAGUUCAUUUUUGAUUACUUGUGAAAACGAUAGUCUUGUAAUCCUAAACCAACAGGGAUGUCUAUUAUUUCCUAAUUGCAAGCAGAAAUAAGCCGCCUGUGGGUAGUUCCGUGCUACUAUUUUGGUGCUAGUUUUCACUAAGUUCCUGCACUUUUUUAUGACGAAGAAAUGUGCGUUUUGGCAAACGUGAUACGGCCAAUAAAAACGAUAACCCAUCCGGAAAAAUUUGACCAUGCACGUCCAACUAGUCAUACUGAAAUAUAUUGCCUUGGUUUAGACACCCAGUAAACAUAUAGGAUUCUGUGAGAAAAUUUCAGUCUGUCGAGCACAUUGGUGAUAAAAGCAAUCCAUUCUUUUUACGUCUAUGGCAAAUGUUUGGAUAUUAAUAUGGUAUUACCAUAAACGCAUUGCAUCCGGCAGCCAACUUUGCAUAAAAAUCUGGCCGCAAUCCAAACUGCCCAUGUAUCCUGUCUCACGCUAAGUUCUGAGGGCGCUUCUAUUUUUGGUUAAUCGGAAGAUUUGCGUUCCCUGCAUUAACUGGUCUAAAAUCUGUCGCAUAAACAUCGCCUAAGGCAAAUAACGGCAAUCCGAAGACCGGUGUCAUUUUAAUCUCACGUCUCAAGAACAGACUGUAACAUCAUCGUGUAUGCUUAUCUCAGUCAAACCUAUCUGUGAUCAGGCUCUGCCUACCCUCUGUACAUUGGUCAUGAGUUAUUUGACGUCAGACCAAGGUCUCUGCUCUAGAGAGCUUUGCCGACUUUUGAUUGACGCCUCGACAGACAGGCCAAUGGAUUUCCCCUCGCCUACUGACCAAUCAGGUCAUUGCUGUAGAGAGCCAAACAAUAAAAGAGCGGCAACACACCUCAAGACCAGUGACGAAAUGCUCCUCUGCUUCUAUCCUCUGGCGAUUGUUUCGCUUUAUGCGUCACUGACAGUUGUCUAUUCUGCAGGUAACCGUUUACCGGUGUCAUUUCUGUGAGGUCUUCUGGCGGACCUUACCCUUCCUUUUUAAUGCACACUUUUCUCCCCUACAGAUUACACCUGUCCAAAUGCGCACAAACAAGACAUGGUUAAAUUCCUACAAGCCGUUCUAAGAGAAACACUAAACAAGCCGGCCCCCAUCACCCAUCUGCGCUACGAAGACUGUUCCGCCAUGGUUACCGAGUUCAUUUUCGGAACCGGUUCCUCGUGUGAACAAACUGAAAGGGUGUUAAAUAUCCCGAGGCAAGCCUAUAAAUGUAAGGUCAGCAUCGCGCAGUCUGUCCUCCAAAUCGACUGUAAGGUAGGAUUGUACAGGCGAUGGUUACCCUCAUUCCUUUUAAAAUAGGAUACACUAGGAAGGCCAAUAACACAAGUGUUUUUGAUAGAACAAAUGGAUGCAGAAAUGCAUGCAGUCCGUGUGUCCCACCAUUCCUCCCGAAAAGUGCAAAUCAAAGCUCCAGUCGUCUUCACUCGCCGAGGAAGCAUGAACCCAGAUGUACGAGACGUGCAGUGGAUAGGAAAGAGUCCAAGGGAGUUCAUAAACGACAUUCUUGUCAAACCUGUUAAUUUUGCUCUACCAUUAUCAUGCUCAUAUAACUUGCGGUCGUUCGUUAGGUACGGAUAACACAUACUGGUUCAACAUUUCAUCAUUUUGCCAAUACAAAUUUAUCCGGUUUUGCGUAUAGUCUUUUGUUGUAGUUGAGAUACCGUCUUAACAUUCGAACGUCCUACUGCCUCUCAAUUUUGCAUAGAUAACCCAUAAUUUUUCGAAAAAUCUACUGGCAAAAUUUAUGCGUUCUUAGCAUCAGAUGGGAUAUGAAGUGCGAUCGAAAGAUCACAUCGCAGUUUAUGUAGACAAGACAGAAAUGUGGUGCCCUAGAACGGUAUCUCUUUUCUGGAAGUAGAUAUGCACCUAAUGCCAAUGGCGGUAUUAUGCACCCACAUGCCAGGAAACGUCCGUCGAAACAGUUCAAUAGCAGGCAUUAAGAGAACAGUGGUACAGGCAGAAUGUUAUUACAGACAUAGACAAGGGAGAUUGGAAUGACCAUUUCUACUUUAUUACGUGUCGUCAGCCAGUCAUACCUAACCCCGAAGUGUGGGACACUUGGGGCUCGAUCCCGCGACUUGCUAGUUGAAGUCAACCGCCCCUAACUACUAAGCAACGGGCUCGUUUUUCUGUCGGUUUCGAUUGGGAAUGUACACUGGUUGAUGUGGGCGCUCACCGAUCGUUCUUACGGAACUCAUUCGUUCCCUUGUGUCUUACGGCCCCUCUCUCGAGCCCAACCAGCAGCCGCACAGCGGCGCAUGACAUAGGCAGAAUGUUAUUACGGACAAAGACAAGGGAGACUGGAAUGGUUGCGUGUCCUGAGAGGGUUGUGUAGAGACGUGCAGAUGAAUAACAAUUCAAUAUGCCUAUUAACUAACUGCUAAACGGACACUCAGGCCACGAAAAAACAUGUUGGUCUUCUUGCUCUGAGCCCCUGCGUUCAUUUCCGCGACAGCAACUUCGCACUAAUGGACCUUCUCCAUGGCGUGGACUGCAAAGUGGGAUAAUUAGUCCACUUGCUGACAUAUUUUCUUCUCUGCUCAUAUGCGCGUGCUUCCGAUUUCUGUUCGGUCAGCUAGGUGUAAUGACGGGGUCAGUUUUAGAAGCGGGCAUAGGAUUAAUGACUAGGCGGCUCGCAGCAGCUAAAUCAGUCUGAUGCAUCCCUGCUGCUUAAUGUUCACCUGUUGGACACAUUGCUGUAGUGUCUCGUGGCAGUUCGUUUACUUCCACCUGGAACAGUCUGCAUAGGUGACAAUGUAUGCCAUAUUUUCGGCCGGCUUACCGAUUUGCUUCACCCAUGGUUGACUCGAGGACAUGUUGCUCUACCACUAACAUGCUCAUUUAAAUUGCGUUCAUUUGUUAGGUAUGGAUAGCGCGUUUUGGGUAAUUUUGCCUGGACGACAUUAUCAAAUUUUUCGUAUAGUCUUUUGCUGCAGUUGAGAUAAAGUUUUAAAAUGUGGAAAUCCUGACACCACAAUUUUCUGAAGCUAAACCAUAAUUAUUCGAAAUAUCAACUGGUAAAAUGUAUGCGCUCUCCGUAUCAGGUGUGAUAAAAUGUGGGGUCAAGGGAUCACUUUCCAGUGUACGUAGGCAGGAAUUAGGUACCCAAAAAUAAAAUAUCUUUUCUGGAAGGAGAUAUAAGCAUAUAUACGUCCGGAGAUGAUUGUGCAGGGACGUAUGCACGGAUAACAUUUAAAUGUUCCUAUCAGCUAAAUGCUAAUCUGACACCCAGGCCGCGAUAAACAUGCUGUUCUUCUUGCCCUCAACCCCUGUGACUAUUUCCGCGACAGUAAAUUUGAGCCAAUGGAUCUUCUCCAUGCUGAAAUACUCCUUCUGUGCCUAUAUGUGCGUGCUUCCGGUUUCUGUUCGGUCGGCUAGGUGUAAUUCUAAGGUCAAUUUAAGAAGCGAGCAGUGGCUAAAUCAGUCUGAUGCAUCUCUGCAGCAUAAUGUCCAUCUUCUUGACACGUUUGUGUAUUGCAUCUUGGCAGUUCGUUUACUUCCACUUAAAGCAGUCUGCAUAGAUGGCAACGGAUGCCAUAUUUUCGGUCGACUUACCGCCUUGAUUCAUCCAUGGUCGACUCCAUGACAUGGGUCCAAAUAAGGCUACUGAACCACCAUUUCACAUGACUUGGUGGGAUGUCCGUCGAAAUUGGUCAGUCACCCCCUUUGGGUUCGAAUGCUCACACAAUUAUGGACAGGAAGGUAGACAUAAUUCAUGCAUUGCAACAUGUCAAAUUGGUCUGUAGGUGAGGCUGGUUCCUGCAGCUCCAUUUGACUGAUGUCAUAGGAUUCGCUUACUAGAACAGUUUUAGUCUUGGAGAGCGCAAGCAGAGGCCAAAGCAAACGCAGGGAAGCGCGUGUUAACGGGUGCUUGGUGCAACCGAAGAUGGCGUGUACACCCUCCACGCGACAUAGUCAUUCGCUGGAUUAAGAGGACUAGGGAAGGUGCAAUCAGAACUGGAGGGCCGCUUGUUAAUUCGCAGUGCCUGGCCACUGUAGUGGAAUCCACUGUGUUUCGAUCCGUCCACCAUUAACAAUCCUAUUUAGGCAAUCGUUAGAUUAAGAUAAUAAGGAGAACGCAAGCAGAGCUCGAAGGACACGCAGGGAAGCGCGUGUGAGCUGAUACCUGAUGUAGCCCGAGGAUGGCGUAUAAGGACUCCCCAACAGGAGUCACAGUCAUUCGCUGAAUUCAGAGUGUAUAGGAAGGCGCAAUUUAAGAAGCGAGCAGUGGCUAAAUCAGUCUGAUGCAUCUCUGCAGCAUAAUGUCCAUCUUCUUGACACGUUUGUGUAUUGCAUCGUGGCAGUUCGUUUACUUCCACUUAAAGCAGUCUGCAUAGAUGGCAACGGAUGCCAUAUUUUCGGCCGGCUUACCGAUUGGGUUCACCCAUGGUUGACUCGAGGACAUGCAUACAAUGCAGGCUACUGAACCACCAUUUCACAUGACUUGGUGGGAUGUCCGUCGAAAUUGGCCAAUCAUCCGCUUUGCGUUAGACUACUAACAAUUCUAGACAGUAAGGUAGACGUAAUCCAUGCACUGCAUCACGUCAAAAUGGCCUGUAGUCAUUCCCACACAAAAAUCGGCCAGGUUUGUUCCUGCAGUCCCACUCGAAUGAUGCCAUACGAUUAGCUUACUAAACCCAUUUUAGUUUUAGAAAGCGCAAGCAUGUGCAGGGAAGUGCGUGUGAACUGAGGCUUGCUGUAACCGAAGAUGGCGUGUACACAUUACGCAACACCGUCACUCGCUGGAUUAAAAGAACCAGGACCUCGAAGCACGCGCAGGGAAACGCGUGUGAGCUGAUACCUGAUGUAGCCCGAGGAUGGCGUAUAAGGACUCCCCAACAGGAGCCACAGUCACUUGUUGCAUUAAAAGUGUAAGGAAGGCCCAACCAUGUAUGAUGUGUUAAGUUGGCGUAAUCGCAUCUGCAAAAAUUAUUUAGGAAGCCAAUCAUAUGGUCUCAGUCAACUGGGGCUGCAGGAUCAUACCUCGCCCAAAAAUAACGGAUAAAAUCGUGUAAACCAUUGUACAGGCUUCUCCGUCAUUUCUAGUGUGAACACGAAAACCAGGUACUGUUGACUGAAGAAACCAACAAAUGGUCCACCUCAUAGGCAUAAAACGUGUCACUAGAACGUUGUAGGUUUCUGUAAACGAAUGCUCUGAUUGGAAACAGUUGACGUUUUGAGAUGUUUUAGUUAUAUGCUUUCCUGCUGCACUAUGUUCACACAGGCAUAUUUUACGCAGUCACUCUGAGUCGUGUAAAGAGGAGGAUCGAUUUAUCCUGUCAGUUGACAUUCCUCAAAGCCACAACUUUCAGUGCGUGGAGAUGGUUGAAGGCCAGGUCUGCUGUACUACAGUUCGUGGCGUUUACGUUGACCCUGCGGUCUUCAACAGUACAUUUCUCAUCCACAUGCAGCAUCUACCUGCGGCAGUUCUGAGCCGAUUUUGCUUUUCGACUUCUAUAGUAAUUAAUCACUAACAGGGAGUAAAUCAGUCUGAACUAGAGUCUGGAUUCGCAGUUCGAAGUCCAUCAGCAAUAAUAUUCAUUUAACUGCCAACCGGAAGCUAGUCUUAUACACUGGGGUUAAAAGAUACCGUAGUGCGCAUUUGGCUAGUACCUCUGCUCGCAUAAUGAUAUUCCGUUACCCCAGUUCGGAAAUCAAGCUGACUUGGAAAUUGAGAGACCGGUCGUUGCAAAAGUCUCCGGCAAUGGCUUCCUUCUGACUUGUGUCACACGCCGCUGUGGUAGCCGUCCGUGACGGCAGUGUCAGGACGUUCUGUCAAACUCAAAGAGACUAAACAAACUAAUUUUGCCCGUCUCGUUCUAGUGUGUAGGCCAGACCUUAAUCACAACUUGGAGAAACCUGAGGACUAAGAUCCAUACAGAUCCCAUUCAGAUCUCUAACAAACAAAUUACACUUCCACCUAAUAUGGAUCUCAGCAGCCAUUCAGAAACAGAUGGUUUCACUGCUUCUCUUUUUGCUGCUUACUCUUAGAUAAAAUUACUUAUCACGGUAACGGCUGGAGGGACUGCAGUUAUCCUGAAGUCUGUUCUCCAGUAACAUCUGUCAACUUACUAGUUUACUUGUAUGUCAUUUUCAUUAGUAUGAACUUUUCGUUCGAUUCGAGUGGAUAAUCUGAACUGAGAGCGGGGUUUCUAAUUUUCCCACCAUCUACCCAAGGAAUCUGGACGGAAAAGCACCCUUCAAGGUUUUAGGCACAAAGCCAGUUUUCAAAUAGAUAAGAGCUAAAUUACGUGGAUAUCAACUACAAUUCGAGACUUCUUUGUUGUUGAUUACUCAUUUCCGGCUGAUCCGUUAAAGGCCCCGCAUCAAGAAUGAUUGGAGUUGGACACUUUCCAUUCAUGCAUCUUGAAGCCCUGCAUCUCAAACACUAUCAGUUGUGAUCAUGUCAUUCAAAUCCCCACUGGUGCUGUGCGACCGAAAAGCCUUUUGUCGGUGGUCUUAUCAAAAGAGACCUAUCUGGCACAAAAUUCCCCGGCUUUCGAGGAUGAAAUAUUUUGCAUGAAUUGUCAGUCAUCUCAUGACGCUGUAGGCCCCUGUCGGGAUUUGAACCGACUCCAACACACUUCACCAUGGGAAAUUUCGAUAAUUUCUUCAGCGCAAGACAUAGGUAAAUAUUUCAUGUGUGCUCUUCUCGAUGGAAAACCCAUAGAUUAUUCGAGAGCCGGUAGACAGGUCUUGUCGCCAAACUGUCGCCGACUUAAUUCCUACAAUUAUCCGCCUUUGAGUAUUUACCUCAUCUGUAGUCUGCGCAGACAAAUAUUUUCUUGUGGAGAUUAAAAAGUUGUCGAAAGAUUCUUUUGUGCUAAAGUCUCGAAUUUGUGAUUGGUCUAAAAAUUGUGUCCUGAAAACUAUUCUAAAAUCUUUGAUUAGCCCUGAGGAAAUUUCAUACUUCAAAUGGAAGAACUGUAGUACAUAUUCAAAGCGACAUUGAGACUCUGAGGGAGCCCGUGAGGAGCUGAACCCCUCUCAGUUGUAUCUUCUGGGGUCAGAGCCUUGAUGGAUCUGAUGUCUGGACUUUAAUCUAUAGCCAUGCUUUUGUGACUUCUUUAAAAAUUGCCUCUUUUUAUUAUAGCGUAAAGUCAUACCGCACUCGGGGUGCUAGUGAAAAAUUCACUGCAACAGUGGAGCCGUGGGAAUUUAUUUUUCUCAAGCUACAUUUAGGGUCAAAAGUAGUUAAUGAACUACUAGCCCUCCGUCUUUUUUCAUUGUGUUCAUAGAUUAGGAAGCAGCAGCUUUCUAGCUAUACAACCAUUACCAAAUAAGGUCAUUGGAUCUGGAUGCAAAGUUAUAGAUGGCAUAAAUUCCUAUCAGGACAUAGUUUCUCUAAGCCAUCAACUCCCUCGCGGGGUCUUCUACUUCCACCUACCGCGAGUGGGCGAAAUAUCAUCGAACUGAAAUCCCGAUAGACGAUUGGCAUAAAAAUAAGCAAGGUCAGAUGUGGGAGUUGAAUUCACAAGAAUUAAUAUAAGAGAGAGGGUAGUGGAGUUUACACAACCAAUCGCGCAGUUCACACACGUCAUUAGGGAUAAAAAAAUGAGGACGAUGUGCGCCGUCAGCUAUCAGACGCCAUACGAGGUGUCCCUGUCACUGCCGCGGACAUCCGACUUGCCACUGAACAGGAUCCCAUCAUCCGUCAGGCCAUCACCUACGUGCAGACCUGCUGGCCAACUACUGCUUUCGCUGGUGAUCCUCGCCAGCUCUUCCUCCGCCGAGCAUCGUCGCUAUCUCUGGUCGACUCCUGCCUCAUGUUUGCGGACCGUGUGGUGAUCCCAUUUUCCCUCCGACCCACUGUACUACGCCAGUUCCAUGCUGCUCAUCCUGGUACCAGCCGAACGAAGUCUAUUGCUCGCAGUUUUGCUUACUGGCCGGGUAUCGACGGCGACAUCGACGACCUGGUUCGACGCUGUUCUCGAUGUCAGCAAGCUGCCAAGAUGCCGUCUCGUCAGCCGCCAGUACCCUGACAACCACCGGAGAGGCCUUGGUCACGCGUGCAUAUCGACUUCGCUGGACCACUUAACGGAGUCUCCUACCUAAUCUUGGUUGACUCCUACUCGAAGUGGCCCGAGAUUGCUCCGCUGAAUCCAGCAACCGCAUUUGCCACUACCGCCUUCCUACGACGCAUCUUUAGCCAGCAUGGCUCACCGAAAGUCCUGGUUUCAGAUAAUGGCUCUCAGUUUACUUCGUCGACGUUUGAGGAUUUCUGCCGCCAGCACAACAUCCAGCAUCUUCGCUCGCCGCCCUACCAACCUCAGUCUAACGGUCAGGCGGAGCGUUUUGUCGACACUGUUAAGAGAGCCCUUUUGAAAGCUCGUGGAGAGGGGACCACAGACGAGAUAGUCCAGACUUUCCUGUUUUCCUACAGGGCAACAUCGAACCCGGCGUCCCCUGGUGGCGUUUCUCCUGCCGAAGCGUUGAUGGGCCGAAAACUGCGUACAACGUUUCAUGCCCUCGUCCCUACCGGUGCGCAGCCCGCACAGACUUCUCCAGUCUCUCGCAACAAGCUCUCCAUCGAACACCGGUCUUCGUUCGUGAUUAUGGAGCGGGGUUCCCAGACUGGAUUGAGGCAACCGUAG